AUGGUGCCGCCGCCUCCGAGCCGGGCAGCAGCGGCGACGGGGCAGCUGGGCAGGCGCUUGGGUCCGCUGCUGCUGCUGCUGGCGCUGGGGCACGCCUGGAGCUACCGCGAGGAGCCCGAGGACCGCGGCAGGGAGGUGUGCUCGGAGAACAAGGUCGCCACCACCAAGUACCCGUGUCUCAAGCCCUCGGGCGAGCUCACCACCUGCUUCAGGAAGAAGUGUUGCAAAGGAUAUAAAUUUGUUUUUGGACAGUGCAUUCCAGAAGACUAUGAUGUGUGUGCCGGGGCACCCUGUGAGCAGCAGUGCACAGACAACUUUGGCCGCGUGCUCUGUACCUGCUACCCCGGGUACCGCUACGACCGCGAGAGGCACCGCCGGAGGGAGAAGCCCUAUUGUCUGGAUGUGGAUGAAUGCGCCACCAGCAAUGCCACACUGUGCGCACACAUUUGUGUCAAUACACCGGGCAGCUUCCGCUGCGAGUGCCGGGCAGGCUACGUGCAGGAGGACGGUGGCAGGACGUGCACCCCAGCCGACAGCUACCCCAGGGACAAUGGGCAUGAGGAGAAGUCAGAGAGUGCUGUGAGAACAGGGGCCUGCUGUGGCACCUGCAAGGAGUUCCACCAGAUGAAGCAGACACUACUGCAGCUCAAGCAGAAGAUUUCUCUGUUUCCCAAUAGUGCAGCCGACCUAGGCAAGUACCUCACCCAGGACAAGGCAUUGGCCUCCAACAUGUACCUUCCUGGACCCCCUGGCCUGCCAGGGGGCCAGGGCCCCCCUGGCUCUCCAGGACCUAAGGGCAGCCCUGGCUUCCCUGGAAUGCCCGGUCCCCCGGGUCAACCUGGUCCCCGAGGCUCCAUAGGCCCCAUGGGCCCGUCUCCAGACCUGUCUCAUAUCAAGCAAGGCCGGAGGGGCCCUGUGGGCCCGCCUGGUGCCCCGGGAAGACAUGGUGCCAAGGGAGAGCGAGGAGCACCGGGACCCAGGGGCUCUCCAGGUCCCCCCGGCUCCUUCGACUUUCUGCUGCUCAUGCUGGCCGACAUCCGCAAUGACAUCGCUGACCUGCAGGAGCAGGUAUCGGGUCCCCAUGUCUACACAGACCAUGAAUUCCUUGCACCUCAGGAAUUCUCCAACUCCCCUGAAAGCCUGGACUUUGGCUCCGCAGAUGAUGUACCAACGAGGAUGGAAAUGGGAGACUUGGGGGGGCCUGGAGAUGUCUUCCCUUAAUCAACACCCUCAUCACUCCACCUGCAUCUCCACCAGCCCUUUCAGCUGUUCCGACAAAGAAAGGACGGGUCCAGUAACUGGGAAAGGAAUGAUACUGUUUCAAGAACCUUCUCAGCUUUUUGCCUCCAUCUCUUCUUUCAAACAUUUUUUCCAGUGGGACACCCAGACAUUCUUCAGCUAAGAGGGAUGUGGUUCAGAAAUGGGUGUCCUGGGGCUGGAGCAAUAGCUCAGCAGGGAGGGCAUUUGUCUGGCAGGUAGCCCACCUGAGUUCAAUCCCCAGCAUCCCAUAUGGUCCCUGAGCACCACCAGGAGUAAUCUCUGAGCAUUGCCCAGUGUGGCUCA